UAUGCCCUUAAGGUAAAAAAAAAAAAAACGCGUCCACUGCACUGAUCGAUUCCCUCUCGAUCCGUCGUAUAGUAGCCAGAAACGGGCACACACGGCUUCACCAGCCGCGCUCCAAAAACGCCCCCAAAACGGAUGGCUGCUGGAACAGUACAGGCACGCCAGCCAGCCAUGCGUGGUAGCUUAGCUGUAGCUGUUGAGCUCAGCUGCCAAGCCACGCCCACACAGCCGUCGUCCACUACAUUUGAUAUUUUGAUGCGUUGCGUUGCGCGUCGCCAUCGGCCAUCGCCACCCCACCUGUCGUCGUCUGUGUGCCGCUGAGCAACGACGACGACGCACACGACGGCCCGGAAGGAGGCCGGGAGCGAGAGAGCAAGAUGAGGUGCAAGCAGCUCUUGCCGCCGUGCGCCGUCUGGCAGCUGCUCGUCGUCCUAGUCUUGUCGUCGUCGUCGGCGGCGGCGGCGGCGGCGCCAGUUCCCGCCUCAUCCACCACUCUCCGCGUGCAGCAGCGCUACGAUUCCAUCUUCAGCCUGGGCGACUCGUACGCGGACACCGGCAACGGCCCCGUCGUCUUCGGCUGGCACGCCAUCGCCAGCCCCGUGAUGCGCCCGCCCUAUGGCUCCACCUUCUUCGGCCACCCCACCGGACGCAACUGCGACGGCCGCCUCGUCAUCGACUUCCUCGCUGAGAGCCUGGGCCUGCCGCUCGUCCCGCCUUUCCUUCGUCACGGGGCGACGAGCUUCCGCCGCGGCGCCAACUUCGCCGUCGGGGGCGCCACCGCCCUCGACGCCAGCUUCUUCCACCGCUGGGAUCCCCCCGGCGGCGGCAGCGUGUUCCCACUCAACGUCAGCCUCGCCGUGCAGCUGCAGUGGUUCCAGUCGCUCAAGCCCUCGCUCUGCGCCACGCCAAAAGACUGCAGCCAGUUGUUGGGCAGAUCGCUCUUCUUCGUAGGCGCGUUCGGCGCCAACGACUACCUCCUCGCCAUGGCGGCGAUGAGGCUCGAGCAAGUCAGGUCACUCGUCCCAGCCGUCGUCAGGACCAUCUCCAUGGCCGUCGAGAGGUUGAUCGUGGAGCACGGGGCGACAACCGUGGUGGUCCCCGGCGUGAUUCCGGUGGGGUGCGCGCCGCCGGUGCUGGCCACGUUCGGCGACCCCGACGACCCGGCGAGCUACGACCCCCGGACGGGGUGCCUGAGAGCGAUCAACGAGGUGGCCGCCCACCUCAACGCGCUGCUUCAGGACGCCCUGCGCGAGCUCCGGUCCCGGCACCGCCACCGCAUCUCCGCCGUCGUCUACGCCGACUUCUUCGGCCCCGUCAUCGACAUGGUGACGUCGCCUGCCAAGUUCGGGUUUGAUGAAGACGUGCUGACGCUUUGCUGCGGAGGACCCGGGCGGUUCAACUACAACAGGCACGUUUUCUGCGGCGAACCUGGCGCCAACGAGUGCAAGGACCCGUCGGCUCGUCUGUUCUGGGACGGCGUGCACCUGACGGAGGCGGCCUACCGGUACGUCGCCGCCGGCUGGCUUAGCGCCAUAACGUCGCCGCCGCCGGGACGGAGUGGCGGCGGUGGUGGUGGUGCCACACUGCCAACCGGAACCGGACGGCGGAGGCUGCAACUGUGAGCAAGGAUUCCCCGUGCUAUAACACUGACCGGUGAAAGCCACCGGAACCAUGCAUAAAAGUUUGUUGACGCUCCUUGUUGGUUUGGUGUUGUCGCUAGUACUUCUUGGCUGCCUACUGUACUUGGUAGUAGACACUAGACAGCAAUGCAAGAUAACAAGAUUUGUCGAUGUUGUCGAUACCAGAACCAGAUGACGUACUUCGACGGCCA